CCACUUUUCAUCCGUCGCAAGCAUUCGGAAAGCUGUAUUCCACAGUAGUUAGAGUUGCGACGAAUAAAUUUUCUCUUAAGAGAAAAAAGAGAGAAAGAUCAAACAUCAAGUGUCAGUUGUUGUCAAUAGUGAACUAUUUUAUAUACAUAUAUCUACAUAUACACAUAUAUAUAUAUUAAUAUAUCAUUAGAGUUAAGUGUAUUGUUAAUACAACUAUCAUCAAUUGAUCGUAGUACAAGGUGGAUUUUUUAUUAAUCAAAUAGAAGAAAUAAAUUGAUCAGUAUCGAAGUUAUAGUUUUUGAAGACUCGCCAUGUUCGUGAUAUCAAAUACUUUCAUUUCGGCUGCAUUCCAGAUGCCGUUUCAAUGUCAAUCUCUCCAAUUAAUCAUACACAAAUAUCAACAGUAAUUAUACGACACGUCCUCAUCACUCCACUAAUUAAAUUUGCUUCAACAACUCUUUCAUUUAUUUUUAACUUUUUUCCUAUUUUCUCAUGAAUUUCACUCAAAUUAAAUAACAGCUGAAUAUUUAUUUAAUUAACUCAAUUAUUCAUAAUAACAUUACAUGCAUCAUGAUGUGUCUAGGAUAUUGUGAUAAGACUUUACACAAAAUAAUUAUAAAAACAAUAAUAUGUUCAACGAUAAGAGAAGAAUCAAGUAAAAAUAGUAAAAGGGUAGUGACUUCUUGAUGGGAUAAAUAUAAUAAAAAAUUAUCAUAAUCAUAGUUGACUAAAGAGUCAUUUACAUUGGAUAACUUGAUAUUGAACAUGAAAUGUCUUAAGACAAGUCAAAGAAAAAACAUUGACCAAAAUGAUUAUUGAAAGUAAAUGAUUCUCUUUCAAGAAGACAUGACCAAGAAAUAUCUCAAAUAUUCACAACACAAGGACAUCAUUUAUUCCCUUUAGAUGAUAUAUCUUCAGUCCUUACUUCAAUUGCAAGUAUCAACAUGGUCAACAUAGUAAGUUGACAGAAACAUCAAAUGGAAAUCAAGAGUCAUACAAUAAAAAUAACUCAUUUUCAUCGUUGGCCAAAAACAAAUUGAAGCUAAUUAAUAAUAGCAUCAUAACGAAGAACAAUAAAUAAUAAAUAGUAUAUUGCGAUAGAGUUAAAGGGGCAAAAGGGAAAUUCGAUAGCAUGACGGUGAUGCUGCUGCAACGUUUUACCACCUCUCAGUCGACAUUUGCUUUGAAGAAAACUAAGUAUCUUAGCAAUUAUGAGGUUGGUACUGAUGUGAAAACACAGCCAUUUUCCUUUCAUCUUGAGAAUUCUAAGAAUAAUCAGCAGCAAAUUAGCUGCGAUAACGAUUCAAAUUUGAUCAAAGAGAGCAACAUUGAUUGCCCAAUUAUUGACAAUUAUUACUGUAUUAGUAAUAAUAGUAAUAAUAACAAUAUCAACAACAGUAACAACAAUUACAGUGAGAGGACUAGAAUUAAUGAUACCAUUGACUCUUGUAAAAGUGAAAAAUUAAGACGUUCUAGUGGAUGUUGUCAUAGUCGAGCUGUUGCAAGUAACAAUAAUAAUAAUAGUAAUAGUAUUAAUAACAAUUGUAAUAAUAAUAACAACGACGACGAAGACGAUAACGAUCACGCUGAAGAGGACAAAUUAUUAGCUCGUAAUAAAAUAAACAAGAGACAAGAGACGAUAACUUCUGGAGGAACAACCUACACUUUAACAGCAUCUGGUACGACAGGUACAACAACAUCAUCGGCAUCACAAAGCCGAUUUUGCGAACAAGGUGUCGCGAUGCGAUACUAUCGAUUAUGGAUAUAUGCAUGUAAUAUAGUCCUCCUUGGAAGUGCUCUUGGUCUUGCAGCGGCGGUAGCACAAACGUUAUUGUUCUCUGGUGAUCCACGACGAUAUCUUAUCCCAGGUGUACCAAGGGCUUUAGACCCAACUGCACUCUACGCGUACCUGGCAUUAGCUACUCAACUAGGACUGGUCCAAUUGCUUGGCUGUAUAGCAGCACGUAGAUUAAGUGCACGACUUCUCAAUGCAUAUUGGGUCCUCCUACUUGCAUUACUUUUUGGUGAUACUGUCAUCGGUGUAGCCUGGGUUUUUCGAUUUGAAAGAAUGCGAGCUGAAUUGAGACCCACACUUAGACUACGCUUGCAAUUGGACUACGGCAAAGAUUCACGAUUUAGUGAGCAAUGGGACAGACUGCAAAAAGAUUUUUCCUGUUGUGGAAUUGUUGGUCCAGUGGACUUUGAUAGUCGAUCAUUGCCCAAUACUUGUUGUCCAGAUGUUGACAACAGUCAUAACAGUUAUAUCAAUGAUGAUAGUUAUGACAAUUAUGUUUACCGAAAUUCCCAAAACAUCCAAUUAAAUGAGACUACUGGUUGCCAACAACCAUUUAAUAAUGGCUGCGAAGAAAGUCUCAUGAGUUGGUUGAGAAAAACGGCAGAUUUGCUGUUUGUUUUGGGCUUUUGUGUAAUUGCCUUUGCCAAACUUUGCUUUCUUGGAAUUUUAAGGUAUGAAAUUCGUGAAAUGAUUCAAAAGAUUCGACUGUUAAGAGAACCACCGCCACCAGCAACAUCAACAUUCAUCCAAUCGUUUUGUCAGCCAGCCACUCAAUCAGUACCAAUUGCUACUGUCGUUAUAACUACCACCACAACAACAUCAACAACUACCAUGACUACCAUGACAACAUCUACUUUGCCUGGAGGCUCACCAUAUGGACCAGCUUCAGUCAAUAUUACAAGUACGCAUGAUACAAUGGGCAACAGUAUUACAUGCUAUGGUGGACUAAGACGUACAACAUUACCAAUUGUGGUCUCUACCACUUCCUCUUCCUCUACUACUAAUAAUCACAACAACAACAACCCAUCGAUAUUUGGCAACAACGGAGCUAUUCUACAACCACAGCAAUUGCAGAGUAAUCAGGAGUACGAACCUAAGCAUCCACUCCUUUAUACCAGCAAUCUCCAGCAAGACACAGGUGUAGAUAGUGAUACUAAUAGUCAUUGUGCAUUAAUUCUUGAAGAGACGACACCAACACCAACGAAUCAUCGUAUGUGUAAUGCAACACGUGAAAAAAACAAUGGAAAUAACAAUUAUGAGAUGCGUGAAUUUAAUAGACGUUAUUUAAUGUCUAAUGGUGCUAGUCCACCAAUGGGUAUUCAAAUAAUUGGACAAAAUAAACGAACCUGACUAUGGAGAUGGUGUAGACGGCUAAUAUUUAAUCGUCUUUUAUACAUAACAAAUAGACCUGUCGAGCUUGCAGCAUUUUAAUAAGUAAUUAUCUUUAAUAAUUACGUUAAUUAUUUUAAUUAUAAUUAUUAUUGUCAUCAGUAAGCAUAAAUAUUUAUGUACACCCAAUUAGUUUAAGAACAAAUCAACAAACAU